AUGGGCACUUCUGGACCGGACUCAUCAACUCGAGUUGACGCCAAGUCUCCUGUUCGCUCCAAGAAACCGUCGCCGCCCCGUCAAGACUCCAAGUCCGACACGACAUCCAAGACCGACUCUGGGUCCAAUGUUGCGCCCGCGAAACCGCUCGCGCCUCCACCGCGACCCAGCCAACAAGAAACCAAUACCCCGGAUUACUUUGCGCCCCAGCCCGGCGGCUCCCUCAGCCUGGAGCCUAAUCCCUUUGAGCAGUCAUUUGGAGGAGGUGGUGGUCCCGAGACGCCGGGAGGUACCAAGUUGCCCUCCGUCGCCGCCUUAACCUCACCCUCGGCUCUCCUGCCCGGAACCGGUACCACACCUUUCAACUGGGGCGGUGGCUCUCUGCGCACCGGUCCCCUUAGUCCUGCCAUGCUCUCCGGUCCGGCCACCGAUUACUUCACCGAAGGUCAUCUUCGCGGCGGCUUUCCCACACCCAACGAGUCGUCCUUGCGCUCUGGCCUGACACCUGGUGGCAGUGGUUCCAUGUUUCCUGCCCCCAGUCCAAACUCCCAAGCUCUCUUUGCUCAGCUCGCCAGUGGUGGCGCCACGCCCAAUACGCUUGAUUUUCAUCGUACUGCUUUGAGUGCGGCUGCUAAGCGGGAUCGCCAACGCAGUCAGAGCCAAAAUCAGCAGACUCUGCCACAGCCACAGGCCCCAGCCCAGCAGCCAAUCGCCACGCAACCUCAAGACGUCCCUCACGGCGCGAUGGCCAAGGCCGAGACCAAACCAUCUUCGGGUCCUUUUGAUGGGCACGAUAAUGACGCUGCUAAUGGCCUCUAUAUGCUUGCACAAGGCGGAAGCGGUCCGCAAGGCACCAACCCGCCGGCUAAUCUCGCACAGCCUGCCGCGGGAAAUGUCCCUAAGGCUAACGGCAACGCGGCUAAGCAUACGCGCGGCGCUAGUGAGGCCAGCAAUCGCUCCGAGGAGAAUGAGGACACGAAACCAGCUCGCGGAAAGGGCAAGAAAGCUCAAACUACCGGCCGUCGAAAGGCCGAUGAACCUCCUGCUAAGGCCCCCCCGGCCAAGAAAGCCAAGGGCGCCGCUCCACCUCCCAGUGAGCCCUCUGACAUGUCUGAAGAUGAGGACGAUGGCGACUCCGCCGGUCGUUCUAAGAUGACAGACGAGGAGAAGCGCAAGAACUUUCUGGAGCGCAAUCGCGUCGCCGCCCUCAAGUGUCGUCAGCGCAAGAAACAGUGGCUCGCAAACCUCCAGAGCAAGGUUGAGAUGUUCAGCACCGAGAAUGAGGCGCUGACAUCCCAAAUAACAGCUCUUCGCGAGGAGGUGGUGAACUUGAAGACCCUCCUGCUCGCCCACAAGGACUGUCCCGUGGGCCAGCAACAGGGCCUUCAAGCAGCAUUCAUGCAGCCGGUCAUGGAACCCUUUCCAGCUCCCCAGAUGAACCCUUACGGCAUGGGCGGGCCGAUGCCAAACCAACAGCAGGUCAUGGCUGGCCAAGGUGUUCCGCGUCGUUAUUCCUAA